AAAGACAUUACUUGAUCCUUUGUUAAAUAAAGAGAGUAAUCCAUAUAUGGCUCAAUUAACGAAAUUGGAGGCUCAAAUGGACAUUAUGUCCUCUGCUGAAAAGUUCUACGAAACUUACUCCAACAAACAGUAUCUCCUGCCCAAAAUAUGCCCUAACAUUGUAAAGGAUAUCGAGUUGAUUAAGGGUGGCUGGGAAUCUGUGGGAUCAAUCAGGCAAUGUACUUAUGUUCCAACAGGGAAAUCUCAGAUUGAUACUUCCAUGAUAGAAGCCAAAGAUGAGAAAAAUAAGUCGAUCACCAUGAAGAUGUUGGGUGGAGAAGUGAUGAAGCAAUAUAGCAGCUUCAUAUUCACAGUCCAAGUUACCAAAAAGAGUGAGGGAGGAGGAGGCUCAAUAGUGAAACUCUCUAUAGAAUGUGAGAAGCAGAAUGAGAAUGUUCCAUGUCCUACUGUGUACGUAGAAUUUGCUCGACUUUUUUUCAGUGCUAUCGAUGCUUACCUUGUUAAGAAUUAAUGCGUAAUGAAAGAAAAAAAGAAAGAAAGAAAUAAGGCCACUUAAGAUUUUGGAGAUUUAAGUAUAUACAUAUUAUUUAGCAAGAUCCAUGGCUGCUGUAUGUUAUCUUUCUGUGUACCGAACAAACUUUUGCUUAUGUAGACUGGCAAUAAAAGUAAAGCAAGAGUUCAAUAAUUUGUUACCUUGCUAUUUUAAUAAGCUAGAGUAAAAAGUAGUGUUUAUAAG